AUGAGUGGAGUGAAUAUGAAGAAAUUUUCGGAAGCCAACAACAAUUAUGUUGAAAAGAGUUUAGAUAGCUGGGAAUUAGAUAAUUUUCUUCCCACAUUGGAGUCUGCUGCUUCUUCUGCAUUGCGUUCCCCUUUCGAUGUACUCUCAUCAUGUGAUGGCUUCAUGGCAAAGCCAAGUGGGAACACCAGAAGAUGCCUACAUGUAGGGUUAUUCUAUCAAAGUGCAGAGGAGCCUAACUUUUCACCUAUUACUACAUAUAGCCUCACAUUCAGAACAAUUCAGUCUUUGGAUAUACCCAACUGUUCGGUGUUCAAAGGUCAACCAGUUCUCGCAGUCAAACGUCUCUAUCUUUGGCUAAGGCCAUUUGAACAUAGCAUCAGAGUUGGGUAA